AAUCGACUCGUCAAAAUAUUCUGAGAGGAUGCUCUUUCGAAUUUGCCAGUACACAAAUUUCCCAUUGCCAAUGUUUCUCAGCCAGAGGUAACGAAUGGUUUUCCAUUGACUUGCCGCGCAUUAUCUUCGGUAAAAAACAUUUGGCAACGGCAAAUUUCCUUACGGCUGGCAUCAUGAAUUAUCGUUCGAAUUUAGCCAAUAUUCAUAACACCGUGCAGGAUGAAUUGGGCCGAGUAAAUAACUCACUUAAAUCAGUGAGGAGGAGACGGAAUAAGGAUAGAAAUUUGAAAGGCGAUCGGACCGUCGAGUAAAAUUAAAACUAAGACCAUGCAUUAGAGCAACUCGGCCGGAGGCAGUACUCGGUCCACAGUAAUUUCCUCGUAUAAAAGUUUCUUUAUCCGAAGGGCAGGCUUUGUCGCAAAUCCGGACAGAAGUAUAUAUGUAUAUAUCGAAUUUUCUAGAGCAGCAUUUCAUUCUCCGCGUGUUUACUUAUGAUUACUUACAGUUCUUCCAUCCAUUUCUUUUGCGCAUUAUAAUUGUGCGAUUUCAAAUGCACGGCUGCGGCGAUGGUUUGACUCGAGGGAACCCACGAAACAUCCUAAGGAUGUCCCUCGGACGUCUUAAUAAAUUUUAAUUAUUAACUCGGAGUCCGUAAACAAAAGCAGCGACUCGGUUAAUUUAUUUGGCCAACUGCCGAUUUACAUGAUCAGUCAUCGUCAGGCACUCGACCGAGGAGGCACAAGCACGUUCGAAUUAUAAAGAAGACAAUCAGACAAUAAUUGGCAUACACGCGUCGUGCUGCUCAUCUUCCUAUCCCUUUUGCUCUGGAACUCCAGUCGAUCGAUACUGCAUCGAUUCACCAGACCAACCGAUCGAACCUGCGUCUUCAGUGCGACAGUGCUCGUAGGCAAAGCCAAAUUCUCAAUCUGGAUAGACGCUAAUUAUUGCAGACCCGAAACCCACUACAGCUGUCGGAUUAGCAAACCCGACUAACCCGGAAGGGCAAAUCCGGACUAUAAUUUGAAAGCCUGAGUUACGGUCACGUGUCCCCGUUCCCUUGUGCACGUGGCCAUCGCUCGCGGCCACAGCCUGAGGAACAACAUUGCCGAGCCCUAUUCGAGCGACUGUGCGCCUGGAGCCAAGGAUCGAAGGAUCGAAGGAUCGAAGGAUCGAAGGACGACCCGCUACUGAAUACCCUUUCUAGAUCCAGGAGUUUCUGUCAGAAACAGAAAUUCACAGGAGAUUUCAUCGCAAUUAGGCCGACGGAACGUCUUUGUUCUCGCGCGCGGAGCAGCCGUACGACUUGAGGACGAAUGAAAGACUCGCCUAGUCUUGAAGUUCCCUCUUUUGGCACAUUCUAAUCUCUCCCUCGAGAUUAUUUACAGGCUAUUUUUGGUUCUCCGGUAAAGGAACCGUAAGAACUGCACUGCUGGUCGAGGCUGAUGACGUGAUGAUAUUUGUCAAAAUGUGCUUAAAAUUAGAACGACCGUUAAAAUAGAUGGUAUUUCAGUCCCGAUAAAAGCGAAUCGACGAGCUCCUCACGGUUAUUCGAGGCGUCGGUGUGACGCGCGCGCGUCUCGCCAGCCUGCCGUUACUCUUAUGAAUCGACUGGAAGACGCGAAGGCGGAGCGAAGGGAAGCAAAGGUCCACUUGAAGUCAGUUAAACUAUACGAAUAAAAUAGCCUCCGCGACGAUAAUUCCUACGUCAAAGAAAUGGAAAACUGGGUCGAUCGUUCUCAUUUGACACGCACACCACUUGUGGUACUUCCUAACUGGUCCUAACCGAAUUUCAUGGUUCACAGGAGCUCGCAAUUAGCAACCCGCUCCCUUUUCUUGCGUGCAUCACGCUGCCCUUCCGCUGUGGAACAGCCGAGGGAGCGAAAGAGCUGGAGCCAUUCUCGAGUUCUUAAUGUCAUUUCGAAACUUCCCUCCCCUCGCCUUCCGUAAUAUGUAUUAUCAGCCUAGUGUCCCUUUUUGCCCUUAAGAAAUUACGUACAGCAUCCCGAUUUUCAUCGAUGAAAUUUCACGGAAAGAAUAGUAGAUUUUCAUGUAAAGUUCACAGAGUUCGUGAAAUGAGAUUUUAUAUUACAAUCAAAAAGAUUGAUUUAAAAGAUAGGAGAGACGAGAUCCAACGAGAGGAAAAUUCCAAUGUAACGUGUUAAUUUGGAAGCUGCCGAGUCUUCGAGAAAAGAAUAAAAAAGACCGAUGGCCGGUCGAUGGUUGAGCGACGGAGAGCAACCAGUCUAUUGGAAUGUGUUUUGAAUCCGGCGCCUUGGACUUGAUGCGUCUCGUAGAUGCGAUUUUACCGAUCGAUGAGUUCGACAUGUCCACCGGGUAUAGUAAUUCGAGGCUGUUGAGGACGCAACGUCAAUAUCAAUAACAAUAGGAAGAGUAAUGGCGAAAGAAGUGGAGUACGUCUCUCUAAUGAAAUCGUAAAUUUGCGAUAGACGUCUUAAUGAGAAUUCGGCCGACGGCCUUAAAAAACAAACAUCUACUCGACUACUAUUCCACCAGGCAAAACCAUAAUACAGUGCAUAAGCACAUUCAAGUGAAAUUUCGACCGGCCGAAAGACUGAGGCCCGCUGUCGCAGCGUCGCACGGAAAUUUCCGGAGAUUCCUAUGUUACCCGCAAUGUGCAACGAGUCCUCGUAGGUUAGAAGUGGCAUUUUUGAAAGCACAGUUUGGCAAAAUUUCCUCCUAAUUCUACCUUUAGCAGCUUCCUUUGAUUCGUAGGAGCAUCAACUAUUGGCUGAUUGAUAUCGCGCCUGGGUGGCUACGCGGCCACUGGGGCCAUCUGGCGCGGACUAAUUUCGUCGUAAUUUCCUCGUAAAUUUGAAACCGUUACAGUAAGAGGCGCCCAAAAUCCGUGCUUAUCGAAUUCCGCUCUGUGUUUGCCGAACGUCAAAGCGGCCGCACCGAUCGCGGCGAUCAGGUUGAUAUUGCCUAUCGGAAACGACCCAUUCUCUUUCGGCGAAAUAUAGCUGCGUGAAUAUGCCAGCCAUAUGUCUUCCACUGAUACUCGACGGUCCGAUUUUUCCUUUGAUUUUAAAUUCCUAUAAAAUCCUUUUACGCGACUGGCCGAAUUUCCUGGCCCGACUCCUAAUAACCAGAUCGUUAUUGGCGCCCGUCGACUCCUUCGACCUGAAGAAUCCCACAGGAUCCCGAGGACCUUCCUUCCGCAUCCAUUCCCCCGUGCAUUUCUAGGCUCACACUCGAUACGCACGACUGGCGUGCACGGGACGCCGCGUCAAUGAAACUUGGCCAAAUGUCUUCCGCUUCGUUCCAUUUUUUGGAGAUUCAAGUAAUUUCGCUGCGGAGGAGCGAUCCGAAAAAAUGUGAAUACCUGAGAAUGUGUCGGUUUCCUUGUGAUUUUGCCUGACAUUGAAUUUGAGAUCGAAUCAAAAAAUUCUUCGAGGGAUCUAUCGUACUGCCGGAAGUGUAUCGUCUCUUUGAAAAAUGUAUUCUGGGCCAAUAGAAUCUCGAAUAAAUUCAUGAAAUCGCAGGAAACAAAGGAAGCGUAUUUACACUCUAUCACGUCCAGUGCACCCAGAUGCACCAUUUAUUCAUAGUGGGUUGGCAAUAAAAUUCAGGAAUGAUAAAUACUUUUAUACAGUAUAUACCGGAAUGAGAACGCAUAAGAAUAAUAGCUUGAUGAGAGAAGGAGUAAACGUAUAAAAAACGAAACUCACGUAAACUUCAAGGUCGGAGAUUGGCAUCCCUAAUAAAUUUAACUCACAAAUUACGUGGACUAUAUUAUUGCCGCACCGUAUAUUAUUAACACGCACGUGUGCAUUAUACUGUUUUUCGUUUUUCGGAUUGAAAUUUAAAAGAAAAAGUCCCUCCUAGACCAAAGUCGAACGAGUCUCCUUGUGAAAUUCCAAUCCUGCCGACUUCGAGUACCGAUAAACAACAGUAGAAGUGCGAACAUGUCAGAGAAAUAAGAAAUAGAAUCUGAUCGCAAUAACACAGGGAAAAUCCUCGAAUCCCGCAUACGGUGGCCCUGGCUCGGGUCGGCGUCGGCGUCGGCGUCGGCGUCGGCGUCGGGAAGAGCGCGCGCUUCGUAAAUCCGUCCUUCUUGUCCGCAGGCGUCGCGUCCUCGCUGCAGUCGUCUCUCGUGGCGCCGUGCGAAUCGACGCGAGGCGUCGUCAUUCUCCGCCGGGUGAAGCGUGACAUCACGGUUAGAGUUCGUUAAAACCGAAUAAACAACAGAAGCUUUUUACGAGGGUCUACCCGGAGAAGAUGAGCGACCGUGUGACGUGAACUGUCAAGAUUAAGAAUGUCGUCAUCGCGAUCAUCGUGAUCAUCGUGAUCAUCGUGAAAUAAGCCGCGACUGGAUGCGCACUAAAGCCCAAGGUGCCAACUGAAAUGGAAAAUUCGUUGGAAAUUGCCCUGCCGACGACCCUGGGGAUCGUGCGCGAAGCCCAGGAGGAACUGUUCCAGAGGGCGAACGGAAGCCUCUUCCUUGGGGCGGGGACGGGGGCGGCCGCGGGAGUGGAAACGGAAGAUGGGAAUCUGAGUGACAGCAGCCUGGCGUCGAAUCCUUACGAUCCCCCCCGGGACCCCCUCUACGUGGUGAUCCCGAUAAGCGUGAUCUACGUCGCGAUAUUCCUUACCGGAAUCGUCGGGAACGUCAGCACGUGCAUCGUGAUAGCGCGCAACAAGUCGAUGCACACCGCGACGAACUACUACCUCUUCAGCCUGGCAAUUUCGGACCUGCUGCUGCUGGUGUCAGGACUUCCGGCCGAGAUUUACCUGGUGUGGUCCAAGUACCGUUACGUCUUUGGCGAAGUCUUCUGCGUCCUGCGAGGCCUGGCUGCCGAGAUGUCGACCAACGCGACGGUCCUGACCAUCACGGCCUUCACGAUAGAGCGAUACGUCGCCAUCUGCCACCCGUUUCUCUCGCAGACGAUGUCCAAGUUGUCCCGCGCGAUCAAGCUCAUCCUACUGAUAUGGGUUAUCGCCGCGUCCUUUGCCAUCCCGCAGGCGCUGCAGUUUGGCAUCGUCACAGGCCCCACCGAAGAUUCCGAUUACCUCAUGUGCACCUUCAAGACCGAGAUCAUUCAGCACUCCUUCGAGCUCUCGACCUUCCUCUUCUUCGUGGUUCCCAUGGUCUUGAUCACCGUCCUCUACGUUCUAAUUGGCCUGAAGCUCCACCAGUCCAACAUGAUGAAAAGUGACUCCGGCAAGAGCUACGUCGCCAGGAAGUCUUACGGGAAGUCGAGGCACAGAGACCGGAAUUGCCGUCACCACGCAGGAAAAUCCUCGAGACGUGUCCUGAAGAUGCUCGUUGCCGUAGUGCUGGCCUUCUUUAUAUGCUGGGCGCCUUUUCACGUGCAGCGACUUAUCGCCAUCUAUGGGACCAACUCGGCAGACCAUAUUAAUUCCAACAGUCCUUGGAUGGAAUUUCUUUACCUUUUAUUUACCUACGUGUCCGGCGUCUUAUACUACGUUUCGACCACCAUCAAUCCGAUCCUCUACAACAUCAUGUCCAACAAGUUCCGAGAAGCGUUCAUGGAAACGCUGGCGAGAUGCUGCAGAGCGACCAGAUUUUCCAGUCAGCGAGAGCAACGUUCGUAUUCGAGUUUAUCGCGCUCGCAGCAGCGCGGAGCAGCUGGGAUCUUCGGACGCAGGAACGCCGAAACAGGCGGAGCUCAAGAGAGCACGGACUGGUCAGGUAAUUCCGUACGAGAGGAGAGCAGCCGAGCAGGAACAGGAAUAGUGGUCUGCGCCGAGCCUGGCUCCUCCGACCUGCCAGGAGGUCAGGCCUUGCCCACGUGCGCCGGCCGGCAAGCAGCAGUGCCAUCUAUGCGUAGAACCUUCUCUGGCGAAAUCGGCGCCACCGAUACCACCAGUGCCUCGCUUUCCGGUCAGUCGAGUCGCAGGAUUCUGCCUUUACAGGAACGCACCAACGACCAGCAGUCGCGUCCAAUUUGCGCAGCUCGACCGGCAAACGGGCUGGGGAUACGAAACAUUUCCUACAUGGACGAAGGGCUUCAGGCGCAGGGAGUCGGAGUCAGGAGGUACGGUGGAAGCAGGAAUAAUGGAUACGACCCUUCGCGGAAGUGGUGGACUCUUUUCGGCUGGUUGGCCAGGAGGAAGUCGUCGCUGGAGUCAUCGGCCGGAAAAUUGACUUGCACGAUUCCAACCGGGAUCGAUGAGAAUCGCGAGGAGUACUCGAUGACAGCCUGCAACAUUAGCAACAGCAGCUUGAGAGACGUGGACGCCAGUCUGAUGGACGACGAACUCUCGGCCUACAUGAACGAGAUUCGCAUCAAGGAGCUACGUGGCCAGCAGAAAAUGUCCGACAACGGUUAGGUGCUCUCUGACUGUUAUCCCGGAUCGGGGUAUCUUGGAUGGGGAUAUCUGUUUCCACUUUUGAGCCUCCCGUCGCUCGGCGCUGCCUUGCUUCCCUCUGUGAGACGAUAAGACUAACGAGGCAAUGAGUAAUAAGAAUCUCGCUCGAUGACAUUCUUCAUACUUUGGUACAAGAACAUUCGACAUAUCCGGUUGAGCUGCCUCGCGUUUCUGUAUUCGAAUGCAUUAACAAUGUCUCGAGUAACUGUACAGAAAAGCUCAGCCGUCGAGCCGAUAACGGAAAGAUUCAAAGAUACUACGUGGGUCACGUGCGACUGUCGCUAAUGGCGACUUCCUGUUUCAAGAUCCUUCGCGCAGCUUCCCAUUGAAAGCGUCGCAUGAUGCAACCAAGGAAAACAAUGAAGAAAAAGAUGUGUUCGCAAUGCGCGGUUCUCGUGGACACGAAGCUUUAUACUCGGAGUAGCUAACCUAAUCUUAAUGGACCUUAAGAUUUUUAAGACAUUUAACGCACGUAUACGUUACAUUUAUAUGCUAAAUUUCGACUUGGAUGAGAAUUCGAUUUUUUUUUUCCAUUUUUAUUGCCAAUACGUUAAAGCACAUUGUCAGACAUUAAAUGAAAUUUCCUAGCUGCGUUCCAAAAAUAUUCCACGUCUGACAGAGAUACAAUUAUUACCCAGAGUAAUAUUAUCUUGCGAGUUUUAUUAUCAAAACUUGACAUUGGUACAAAUUUGGAACGGAGGUAGAGAUUACGUGUUUAGAAGAAAUAAAUAAAAACACUUUGUACGCUCCAA